UGCUAGGAGCGAAAAGUGGUCUUCGGAAGAACCCUUCUCGCCCCUUCCUUUGAGACUCUCACUCUGACUUCACUAUUGCAUCGCUCACAACCUGGAACCUGAGUCGAAAAUUCGCACCCAAGGCUCUUGAGUUUCGACUACGUCCCAUUUCGAUUCACACACUCCUUCAUAUCUGAUUAUCAUGCCGUUUGGCGACGAUUGAUCCCCUGGAUUCCCCGGCUUUGAGAGUCGGCCCAAAUUCCAACCCCGAGUCUCUCUUGUUGGUGCUGUCUCCUCUUGGACAAACCUCCCGUUCCCUCCUACCAAACAUGUUGAAGAUCUCGCCACGACGCAUCCUAUCCAGGCAAAGGACCACUGUGUAUCUUGCUAUAGCCACAGUGGUGUUGCUGUAUUGGUUCCUACUCCAGAGCAAAGAAGCAGGCUAUCAUUUUACGCCAUGGCGAGGGUUCCGUUGGAGCAGACAUGGCGAUGAUGCCUACAGGCCUAAUGGUAACGACAGGGAGCGAGAAUCGAAGAUGAAGUUGCUGUUUCGACAGGAAUAUGAGAAACUUGGACAAGCGCCUGGCGCCGGUGGGAUAUACGGGAGCACCUUGACGAAUGUUGUUGAUAAAGACCCGAAGAGAAAGUCGGGACAUAAGGAUGCCCUCAGUCCAUCCGAGCGAGCAACUCUCUUCACUUCUGAUCAACCCUACCUCUUCAACCCUUACCCGAAGUACAACAGCCCGGAAUGGAGAGCUUCGCACGCUGAAUAUGCCCCAUGCAUCGGCCCCACUGGCGCGGAGGUUGAGGAUAUUGCCGUAUUUAGGGGACAUCCUCGCAACUUCCCGGCGCCGAGCUUUGGCAGUUAUGCCUUACUCGACAUCGAUCCAAAUCUCUGCUUUGAGCGGGAGACCAGAUUGGGCCAAUAUGGUCUGGCAAACGUGCUCGACAAACACAGUCAGUUGAUUGACUGGGACAGGGUCAACUGGGGAGAUCUUCAAAGGAAUUGCGCCGACAAGAAUAGGGCACGAUUUGACUUGAAGGGGGGUCCGAACGAGUUGCUUUCAGUCUAUCACCCUUAUCAACCCGCCGAGACCAGAGUCCCAGAGUUUGCUACUCAGCCACUAGCAAGGCAGAAUUCCCAGGAAGAGUUGAAGCGGCAAGAACACCGGGAGAGGCGGAUUGGAUCCCCCAGGCUGGAGACAGUCAAGCCUGAGUCAAGGACCGCACUUCUGCUGCGCUCUUAUACUGGCAAACAAUACAAUGACAACGACAAGCAGGUCAUACGCUCUCUCAUCACAGAGCUCAGCUUGAGGACCGGCGGGGAGUUUCAGGUCUUCCUUCUCGUCCACACCAAAGUGUCUUCUGACAUUUGGGCUAAUAAGGAGACUUACCGUCGCACGAUAGAAAACGAGGUGCCGCAGGAGUUCUGGGACAUCACCGUACUUUGGAAUGACGCUGCCGUACGGCAGAUGUAUCCAGAAAUGGACUCGAAAGCUUCCACGGUUCACAAUUCCCAGUGGCUCUCUGUACAGAAGUUCAUGCAGGAGCACCGGGAGUUCGACUAUGUUUGGAACUGGGAGUUGGACUCCCGCCUGAUAGGGCAGCACUACGACAUUCUGACCAAACUGGGGGGAUUUGCCAAAAAGCAGCCACGAAAGGGGAUGUGGGAGCGAAACGAACGCUUCUAUAUCCCGUCCGUUCAUGGCGAGUAUGAUAGGGACUUUCGAAAGGCAGUUGAGGCCGUGCACCGGGAUGACUCGGUUUGGGGACCUCCAAAUCUCCCGUUCAUUCGCCCCGUAGGCCCGGUGCCCCCGGCGAGGUCACCGAAAUACGACAACUACGACUGGGGUGUUGGCGAAGAAGCCGAUCUCAUCACGCUUUCUCCAAUGUUCAACCCCGUCAACAGCACUUGGAUCUUGGGAAACCAGGUUUGGGGGUACCAUUAUUCGCAUCAUCCGUCAAAAAAGCUGCCCCGGCGAGCAACCAUCGUUACUCAGUCUCGAGUCUCUAGGAAAUUGCUUGAUAUCAUGCACGUGGAGAACUUGAGGGGCAACCACGUUGGUUCAGAGAUGACCCCCCAAACUGUCGCUUUGCUCCACGGUCUGAAAGCUGUGUAUACGCCCAUGCCAGUGUUCUUCGACCGACCGUGGGAAGGCCCCCAGCUAGCGAAGUGGUUUAAUGGGGGGCCCAAGGGCCAGAGCGGGAGCUUCGGGAGUGCGAUGGGUUGGGGACGGGAGGGACGAUUUCAAGGAAGCACUUGGUAUUACCGCGCAGAUCCGCCCCAACGACUGUACAACAACUGGAUGGGAUAUGAGGACACAGGCAUCGGGGGACCCAAGUGGGAAGAAGUCCACGGCCGACCCUGCCUCCCAGCAAUGUUUCUGCAUCCCGUAAAGGAUGUCCAACCGACAGAUCCGGGCCAUUCAAGCAAAUCGAGCCUACCCUACUCUUGAAUGGCUUAAUGAUACUCGGGACACUUUCAUCACAGACGCUUCUAGGAUCCGAAGGCGAUUUAGAAGUCUGUUUCCAGAAACCUUUUUGGGGCUGGGUCAGCACAUGAGUCUUCUCCGGCAGCAUGUACACCGGAUUUUGGGGCUUGGUUCUGGCUGCGAAUACGUCACUUGCCGAAAGGCAUGCAUAUGCUACGCUGAAGCUGGGGAGCCAUUGUCCGCCGUGUGCGAGAGUUUCGGAUGC